AUGCUAAAUAGAAAACACUUAGUGCCAGAGGUACAAGAAAACACAGACAUUGACGCUUCAGAUGACUCCAUCAGCCCCGUAGAUGCGUGCCUGGACAGACUGGAGACUCUUCGCAGUGAAAUAUCGCAUCCAAGCACAAACACAGAUGCUCCCUCCAUUGAGCUACAACUGGAAUCUCUGUUCUCUGGGAGUAGCAGAAGAGUUGUCACAGAAAUGGAGAGAAUAGCCAUCAUUCUCUGCAGAAUAGCACAUAGAAUAAUUCGAUCUGACUCUCUAUCAGAGACCGACUACUCCAUACUUCUCCAGAUAUUUGAGCUCGGAUUGUUCCUCGGUCAGUUCAAAGACAGAUGGCUCUCCCAUCUAGACUCAUCGCAGGCUCUCUCUGAGAACAAAUGGGAGCCCGUUAAAGACUAUGCAGCACCCAGCCAAUUAUUCCCUCCCGCUAGAGAGCUAGUGUCUUUGGCGCAGGAGUACAUCCUAAGACAAAACAUCCUCACAGGCAACAGAUGCGAUCUAUGCGCAUAUGCACUAGCGAAUAUAAACGGUAUAUACGCCCCAAGUGUUUCCCUUCUGAUGAAACAGCAGAUAAGACCCAGUGCAUCAAAUGAUAAAACAGAAUUAGAUUCAGAGCAGCUUGACGGCCUUGAAAAUACAGAAGAGCCUGCACUCCCGCUGAACUACUUCUACUUCCUGCUCUAUGCCCUCUCGAAAUCUUCCGCUGAAAAGGCGAAAAUUUUUACCCACUGGGUUCAAGAGUCUCCCGGAGAGCUGGAGGGAGAUAUUUUCUACCUUCCAAAUAUAGACGAGAAAAAAUACUUUGCAGCAGAAAUUCGAAAAAUAAGAGACACUGAUGCAGCGAUAGAGAUAGUUAGAGCGAGCAGUUCGCACUUUCUCUUCUAUCACGCACAGGCAAUCAUUCAGGCUCAUCGAAGAAACAAAAUAACCACGAAGGCGCUGAGUGAAAUAGUUGUAAGCACGUAUCACAAGGAGAAUGUGGAGCACACAGUUCAAAUUUUGCAAAAUAUUUCCAAAUACAACCCGGUGGCAUCUGAGUCUCUUACCAAGUCUCUGAUAAUCAUGGGCGAAGCCGUUGAGCUGGCUGAAUACUUCUUCAAGACAGCAUUCAUCAUAGAUAGAGACUAUGCUGAGUCAUGCCUAUUGUGCAUUGGCAGAAUAUCAUGCAUUCCCAGGGGCACACUUAAUCUGCUGUGUGGAAGUGAUUAUUUCGGUGUACUGUGCGCUGAAAAGGGGACAUUCACGCAGGUUGUAAAGACAGUAGUUGAAAUGCACUGCAAGGAGACAGGCGAAGUGCAGGGGAAUGAAACAGUCACUAGGUCUCCGUGGAAUAUCAGGCUGUUCUGCAGGAGAGCCAUUCAGGCACAGAAUAUUUCACUAGAAUCCCUUGAAAGAGGCUUGAUCCUUAUGAUGUACUUCCCAAGCGAGUCCAACACGGUAAAACAGACAACAUGGGACAUGAUAGAAAGCAAAGGCAUGCAGUCUGUGGUAAAAGCUGUGGAAGGAGCACUAGCCGCUCUAUCACUAACUAAAUCGCCGUAUGCUCCAUCUAAUGAAGGCGCCCCAGAGAGAUCAGAGAGAAUAGAGCACAUUCUGGACAUACUAAACCACUACCGAGAAAUACCAGCCGUGCAAAAGCAGCUAUUAAGAAUAUCCAAGCGCACAGGAUUGCUUCCUGUUUUGGCAAAGUAUGAUCCUGAUCUGUUCAGCAUUAAGUGCAUCCGAAGAGAGAUAGAUAGGCUAAAGUCUGAUAUAAAGGGCCUGCACGAGUUUCUCAUGCAGCUGAAGACACGGGACGAGCUUCGGUACGACUCCUUCUGGUUUGCGCAAGCAAGAAAAAACAUUUCAUUGGGGAGCACCAUCAGAUCACUGAACUCGGUUAUGCUGCAGGAUGAUAUGCUGUAUCUUCUGAACAACGAAGAAGACAUCGUAUACUUACUGCGACUGGUCACACGCAGGCCCAUUCCAGACACUCUACUGGCAUCUUCAUUAGUGGAGAAGCUGGACGGAGAAACGGAAAACGAAGAAGGGCUGAUUCUCGGAGAGAACUCACUGAUAAGUGCGAGUGUGCCAAACAAGCCGCUGACUGUCUAUGCCAUCCUCAUACAAAAGGAGUUUACAGGAAGACAGAGCAUCAUACGAGCCAUUUCAUCUGACUCAGAGAUAGAAGUGUUUAUUCGCGAUGGAAUACUGCUAUUCAGAUGGCAGGGAGCAUCAAAAGAGAAGAAGGAUGCUAUUGAAGAAAGAGAGUGCAGGAUAAACUAUGCAUUCAGCAGCAGUUCACUGAACAACGAAGAAUCAGGUAAACUGAGCCAAAAUAGAGACAGCCAGAAGAGCGAAAAAAGAAGCGGAAGAGGAUGGAAUGUUUCUAUCGCUGUGUCAGUGGGGAGCAAAGAGUGCCAGAUAAAAAUAGAAGAUUUUUCAGUUUCUAUGCCAUACGGCCUGAAAGCAUCUAGCGUAGUUAUUGGAGAAGAGUUCAAGGGCGUUCUUAAGAGAGCUCUUAUUCUCGAGGAAGGAUACAAAAAGGGCAGACUCUCUAGCAGGCCAAGCGAAGAGUACUACAUAGACAAUUUAGUUGCUAUUGAAAAGUCUUGCCAGUAUUAUGGAAAGUUCGGUCUGCUAAUAGACUCAACUGUUCCGUACACCAUACACGGUCUCUCAAAGGUAAGGAUGGUGAAUGUUUUUAAAAGCGCAGGCAGCCAGUGGAGAAAGAGCGAAAGACUGUGUAGAUACAUAGCAAAGCUCUCAUCAAAGCACUACCAGAUAGAAGAAGCACUGCACAGCCACAUACUGCCAUCUGAGCCCCUGCCUGAUUAUUUGAUAAGGUGA